AUGAAGAUUCUCAACAGCAUCACGCGUCGCAUCCGCCGCCUCCCCUCCGCAUUCUCAUCCUCAGCCCUCCAUCGCACCCACUACACCGGCUCCCUCCUCUUCAACCUCGCAUCAUUCAUCCUCCCCGCAUUAUACGGCACUUUAUCCAAACUAUGGGUCGCAAACAUUGACUCAUCCAUGGUGGUGCUCACCGAUGCGUAUACAUACAUGAACACUGCUUCCGAGGCAGUCAAUGAGGGAUUGCCGAGAGCAGCAUGGGUCAUCAUUGGCGAUAAAGCAUCGAGGUCGCUUGGAAAGCGUCUUCAGUUGACGCAUACUCUCAUCGCGUUCCAGUCUGCUAUUGGAUUGAUACUGAGCUUAGUGUUUCUUGGGGCUGCGUCGUCGUUUGCGAAUAGCUUCGUUCCUGAGGAAGUCCGCGAUGCGAGUUUGACUUAUGUUCGUAUCGUUUCGUUCACCGUGUUCAGUGGAGCGCUCGAAACUGCAGUAGCGACGGCGACGAGAGCACUGGACAAGCCUGAUAUUCCACUGGCGAUCAGCACUGUCAAAUUUGCAGUUAACAUCAUCCUUGACUUUCUUCUCAUUUCGAAAUUCCAUGUCGGUUCUUUCACGCCUACCGUCAACAUGCAAGGCACUAUUCAACUGGUCUGCAAUCUUGUUGCAGCUUUUGCAGGACUGGUUUACUUUCUUUGGUCGAAUACCUGGUCGUUCAAGAGGCAUACACCACACGAUCCUCAAGAGAAGCUGCGUCCAAGCUUUGACGCGCUCAAAGUUCUUCUACGGCCUGGGUUGAUCUUCUUCACCGAGUCAGCUGUCAGAAAUGCCUUGUAUCUGUGGUUGGUCAGUACCAUCGUUGCUCUGGGGGCAGUAUAUGCAACAGCUUGGGGUGUCUUCAACACAAUCCGAUGGGGUCUGAUAAUGGUCCCAGUUCAGGCCUUGGAGGCAACAGCGUUGCAAUUCAUCGGCCAUAACUGGGGAGAUUGGAGAAGACGCGUAGACAUCAGCACACGAAAGCCUCAAGCAUCACUGAAGGACCUUCGUGGCAUCGUACGCCCAGCAUUCAGAUCAUUAGUCAUCGCCCUCAUCUUCGAAGUCCCAAUAGCCAUAUUCCUUACGCUGUUCGGAGCAAAGCCCUUUGCAUCAUACAUCAGCGGCUCAGACGAAGUCGCAAAAGUCACAGCUUACAUGUGGCGAAGUCUGGACUGGUGUUAUAUCUUUUAUGCCAUGUCAACUCAACUCGCGACGAUUCUUCUUGCGACCCGACCCAGGUGGUAUUUGUAUCAGAGCCUUGCAAGCAAUUUGCUAUAUGUGCUGCCGUGGGCGAUCGCAUGUCAAGUGGACGACUUGAACGACAGCAACGCAUGGUGGUAUUAUAAGUUUGUGUUUGGUGGAAGCCUUGUGUUUAGUUUCGGGUCUAUUCUGGUUGUUGAUUCGCUUUGGGCUUGGACGUUGUAUCAUGGGAAGACUAAGUUGGAAGAGUUUAGAGAGUGA